CCCUCAUCACAUGCUGAGGGACCGCGGCGUGGCGGCGGCCGUGGCGGCAGCUACGGCAGGCCAUAGGGCGGUCGGAGGGUUUCCGGUUCCGGUGUAACGUUCGGGCUCCGUCUCUGGGGCUGAAGUUUGAGAGGUGCAGUAUUGAAUUCUAUUUGAGCUAUCCUCCUGUUCCUGGGGAAUGGCACUGUCUAAGAGGGAGCUGGAUGAGCUGAAACCAUGGAUAGAGAAGACAGUGAAGAGGGUGCUGGGUUUCUCAGAGCCCACAGUGGUCACAGCAGCACUGAACUGUGUAGGGAAGGGCAUGGACAAGAAGAAGGCAGCUGACCAUCUGAAACCUUUUCUUGAUGAUUCUACUCUCCGAUUUGUGGACAAAUUGUUUGAGGCUGUGGAAGAAGGCCGAAGCUCUAGGCAUUCCAAGUCUAGCAGUGACAGGAGCAGAAAACGAGAGCUAAAGGAAGUGUUUGGUGAUGACUCUGAGAUCUCCAAGGAAUCAUCAGGAGUAAAGAAGCGACGGAUACCUCGUUUUGAGGAGGUGGAAGAGGAGCCAGAAGUGAUCCCUGGGCCUCCCUCAGAGAGUCCUGGCAUGCUGACUAAGCUCCAGAUCAAACAGAUGAUGGAGGCAGCAACACGGCAAAUCGAGGAAAGGAAAAAACAACUCAGCUUCAUUAGCCCCCCUACGCCUCAGCCAAAGACUCCUUCUUCCUCCCAACCAGAACGACUUCCAAUUGGCAACACUAUUCAGCCCUCUCAGGCCGCCACUUUCAUGAACGAUGCCAUUGAGAAGGCAAGGAAAGCUGCUGAACUGCAAGCCCGCAUCCAAGCCCAGCUGGCACUGAAGCCAGGGCUCAUCGGCAAUGCCAACAUGGUGGGCCUGGCCAAUCUCCAUGCCAUGGGCAUUGCUCCCCCGAAGGUGGAGUUAAAAGAUCAAACUAAACCUACACCACUGAUUCUUGACGAACAAGGUCGAACUGUAGAUGCAACAGGCAAGGAGAUUGAGCUGACACACCGUAUGCCUACUCUGAAAGCCAACAUUCGGGCUGUGAAGAGGGAGCAAUUCAAGCAACAGCUAAAAGAAAAACCAUCAGAAGACAUGGAGUCUAACACGUUUUUUGACCCACGAGUCUCAAUUGCCCCUUCCCAGCGCCAGAGACGCACUUUUAAAUUCCAUGACAAGGGCAAAUUUGAGAAGAUUGCCCAACGAUUACGGACAAAGGCUCAACUGGAGAAGCUGCAGGCAGAGAUCUCACAGGCAGCUCGAAAAACAGGCAUUCAUACUUCAACCAGGCUGGCUCUCAUUGCUCCUAAGAAGGAGUUGAAAGAAGGAGAUAUCCCUGAAAUUGAGUGGUGGGACUCUUACAUCAUCCCCAAUGGCUUUGACCUUACAGAGGAAAAUCCCAAGAGAGAAGAUUAUUUUGGAAUCACAAAUCUUGUUGAACAUCCAGCCCAGCUCAACCCUCCAGUCGACAAUGACACACCAGUUACUCUGGGGGUAUAUCUUACCAAGAAGGAACAGAAGAAGCUUCGAAGGCAAACAAGGAGAGAAGCACAGAAAGAACUACAGGAGAAAGUCAGGCUGGGCCUGAUGCCUCCUCCAGAACCGAAAGUGAGAAUUUCAAAUUUGAUGCGAGUAUUAGGAACAGAAGCUGUUCAAGACCCCACGAAGGUAGAAGCCCAUGUCAGAGCUCAAAUGGCAAAAAGACAGAAAGCGCACGAAGAGGCCAACGCUGCCCGAAAACUUACAGCAGAACAGAGAAAGGUCAAGAAAAUUAAAAAGCUUAAAGAAGACAUUUCACAGGGGGUACACAUAUCUGUAUAUAGAGUUCGAAAUUUGAGCAACCCAGCCAAGAAGUUCAAGAUUGAGGCCAAUGCUGGGCAACUGUACCUGACAGGGGUGGUGGUACUGCACAAGGAUGUCAACGUGGUAGUAGUGGAAGGGGGCCCCAAGGCCCAGAAGAAAUUUAAGCGUCUUAUGCUGCAUCGGAUAAAGUGGGAUGAACAGACAUCUAACACAAAGGGAGAUGAUGAUGAGGAAUCUGAUGAGGAAGCUGUGAAGAAAACCAACAAAUGUGUACUAGUCUGGGAGGGUACAGCCAAAGACCGGAGCUUUGGGGAGAUGAAGUUCAAACAGUGCCCUACAGAGAACAUGGCUCGGGAGCAUUUCAAAAAGCAUGGGGCUGAGCACUACUGGGACCUUGCGCUGAGUGAAUCUGUGUUGGAGUCCACCGACUGAGACUACUGCAAGCCCUUGCCUCUCCCCUCUUGCCUUUGUCUCUUCAGUCCUUUUCCUUAUUCUGCUUCCCACCCCAGUCCCAUUGUGUGUGCGAUCUCGGAACUGUGCCAAGCUGACACUGGGACCAAGGGAGAACACCUUGCUCCCUUCCCCAGUCAGCCUGGUGCUGCCCUUUAUUCCCCUUAUGUGAAUAUGAUUAAAGAGUUAUUUUUAAA